GUUUGCGGAGACUUCAAGGUAUAAUCUAUCCCAGAUCCUUCCUUUCCCAGAGAGAAACUUGGCGAUCACGUUUCCACAUGAUGCUCACGUUUGGUGCUCUUCAAUUAUCCCUCCCCACAAAGAUAGGUGGCGUGUGUUUCAGGGUCCUCUCUCCUCUCUCUCCUACAGAAAAGAAAAAGAAAAAAAUGUCAUUAGAAGAGGCGUAACACGUCAGUCCGUCCCCAGGUUUGCGUUUCCUGGAGUGGCAGAAAGAGAUCAGUCCUAACCUGCCCAGCAGGAAUAACGGUCCCUUCCGACAACUCUUGGCGAGGCUUUUGACCAGUUUUCCCCUCCUCCAACCAGCUACAUCUCCCUGCACCUUUUAUUUUCAUUUUUUUUAAUCCUUCCUCCACUCCGCGGCUUUUUCAUGCUUCUUCUUCUCUCCAUUGCUGGCCAAAACUACAAACAAGACUUCGCAGAGUCUGCGUGCUGCUGAAUCAGGGAGUCGAGUCCAUGCGAACUGCCAUCUGAUCCACUCUUAUCAAUGAAGCAGCAGAUCAUGGCGGAUGGCCCCAGGUGUAAGAGGCGAAAACAAGCCAAUCCAAGAAGGAAAAACGUAUUGAACUAUGAGAAUGUAGUGGAAACAGGUUCGGAAACAGAUGAAGAAGACAAGCUGCAUAUUGCUGAAGACGAUGGGAUCAUUAAUGUACUGGACCAGGAACCUAGCCCUGCAAGUGUGCCCAACCAUGAGUCUUCCCCACAUGUGAGCCAAGUACUGAUGCCAAGAGAGGAGGAGGAAGAUGAGAUGAGGGAAAGUGGAGUUGAUCACCCCUGGCACCAUAAUGAGAUCUUGCAAGCCUCUGUGGAUGGUUCGGAAGAAAUGAAGGAAGAGUAUGACACUAUGGGGCCUGAAGCUGCAAUUCAGACCACUGGAAACAAUGGAACAGUUAAGAAUGCAAAUUGCACGUCAGACUUUGAGGAAUAUUUUGCUAAGAGGAAACUGGAGGAAGGAGAUGGACACUCAGUCAGUAUAGCAGAGUAUCUACAACGCACCGAUACAGCCAUUAUUUACCCAGAAGCCCCCGAGGAACUGUCUCGUCUUGGCACUCCAGAGGCCAAUGGGCAAGAAGAAAAUGACCUGCCACCUGGAACUCCAGAUGCUUUUGCCCAACUGCUGACCUGCCCCUACUGUGACCGGGGCUACAAGCGCUUGACAUCACUGAAGGAGCACAUCAAGUACCGCCAUGAGAAGAACGAAGAGAACUUUCCUUGCCCUCUCUGUAACUAUACAUUUGCCUACCGCACCCAGCUCGAACGGCAUAUGGUGACGCACAAGCCGGGGACAGAUCAGCACCAAAUGCUGACCCAAGGAGCAGGCAAUCGUAAGUUCAAGUGCACAGAGUGUGGGAAGGCCUUCAAAUACAAGCACCAUCUGAAGGAACACCUGCGAAUCCACAGUGGUGAAAAACCAUAUGAGUGUCCAAAUUGCAAGAAGCGUUUCUCCCAUUCUGGCUCAUAUAGCUCACACAUCAGCAGCAAGAAAUGUAUUGGCUUAAUCUCUGUAAAUGGUCGAAUGAGAAACAAUGUCAAGACGGGUUCUUCUCCUAAUUCUGUAUCUUCCUCACCUACUAAUUCAGCCAUUACACAACUGAGAAACAAGCUGGAGAAUGGAAAACCACUUAGUGUGUCUGAGCAAUCAGGCUUACUGAAAAUCAAAACAGAACCACUAGAUUUCAAUGAAUAUAAAGUUCUGAUGGCAACCCAUGGGUUUACUGGUGCUAGUCCUUUCAUGAAUGGCAGACUUGGUGCAACCAGCCCAAUAGGAGUCCAUACUUCUACACAAAGUCCAAUGCAGCACUUAGCGGUAGGAAUGGAUGCACCUUUACUUGGAUUCCCAGCAAUGGGCAGUAAUUUAAGUGAGGUGCAAAAAGUCUUACAGAUUGUGGACAACACUGUUUCAAGGCAGAAAAUGGACUGUAGUGCUGAAGAAAUCUCCAAGCUGAAAGGUUAUCACAUGAAGGACCCAUGUUCUCAACCUGAGGAACAAGGGGUUACUUCUCCUGGUAUUCCACCUGUGGGUCUUCCAGUAGUCAGUCAUAAUGGUGCCACUAAAAGUAUUAUUGAUUACACGUUAGAAAAAGUCAAUGAAGCCAAAGCUUGUCUCCAAAGUUUGACGACGGACUCAAGGAGGCAGCUCAACAACAUUAAGAAAGAAAAGCUACGCACCCUAAUAGAUCUGGUAACUGAAGAUAAAAUGAUAGACAACCAUAAUAUACCCACUCCAUUUUCAUGCCAGUUCUGUAAAGAAAGCUUUCCUGGCCCCAUCCCCCUGCAUCAGCAUGAACGUUACCUGUGUAAGAUGAAUGAAGAAAUCAAGGCGGUCCUCCAACCUCAUGAAAACAUGGCUCCUAGCAAACCAGGAGUGUUUGAUAAGCAAGCUCUCCUUCUGUCAUCGGUACUUUCUGAGAAAGGAAUGACUAGCCCCAUAAAUCCAUACAAGGACCAUAUGUCUGUACUUAAAGCAUAUUUUGCUAUGAACAUGGAACCCACCUCUGAUGAACUACUGAAAAUUUCCAUUGCCGUUGGCCUUCCUCAGGAAUUUGUGAAGGAAUGGUUUGAACAAAGAAAAGUCUACCAGUACUCAACUUCCAGGUCGCCAUCGCUGGAAAGGAGUAGUGCCAAGGUGGCGCUGGCUGCCACCAACAACACUCCCACUAAAGACUCUUUGUCAGCCAGAUCCCCUAUAAAGCCUGUGGACUCUAUAACAUCACCAUCUAUAGCUGAACUUCAUAAUAGUGUUACUAACUGUGAUACUGCUCUCAGGCUAACAAAACCUACUCACUUUACCAGUAUUAAACCAGUUGAUAAGUUGGACCACUCCAGGAGCAAUACUCCUUCUCCAUUAAAUCUUUCUUCCACAUCUUCUAAAAACUCCCAUAGUAGUUCUUACACUCCAAACAGUUUCUCCUCUGAGGAGCUUCAGGCUGAGCCUUUGGACUUGUCUUUACCAAAACAAAUGAAGGAACCCAAAAGUAUUAUAGCCACAAAGAGCAAAACAAAAUCCAGUAGUGUAAAUGUAGACCACAACAGUGUUUAUUCAUCAUCUGAAACGUCAGAUGAGCCACUGAACUUGACUUUUAUCAAGAAAGAAUUUUCUAAUUCAAAUAGCUUGGAUAAAAGCACUAAUCCAGUAUUUAGUAUGAGUCCUUUUAGUGCCAAACCUUUAUACACCACACUUCCACCACAAAGCGCAUUUCCCCCAGCUGCUUUUAUGCCACCAGUUCAGACUAGUAUUCCUGGGCUACGACCUUACCCAGGAAUAGAUCAAAUGAGCUUCCUACCACAUAUGGCCUAUACUUAUCCAACUGGAGCAGCUACAUUUGCUGACAUGCAGCAAAGGCGAAAGUACCAGCGGAAGCAAGGUUUUCAGGGAGAAUUGCUUGAUGGAACACCGGAUUACAUGUCAGGUCUUGAUGACAUGACAGACUCUGACUCCUGCCUGUCCCGAAAGAAGAUCAAGAAGACAGAAAGUGGCAUGUACGCAUGUGACUUAUGUGACAAGACAUUCCAGAAAAGCAGUUCCCUUCUGCGACACAAAUAUGAGCACACAGGAAAAAGACCACAUCAGUGUCAGAUUUGCAAGAAAGCGUUCAAACACAAGCAUCACCUUAUUGAGCAUUCACGACUGCACUCAGGCAGGAAGUGGAGUCCUAUAAAUCUGACAACACUGAAAAUCAGAAGCUAUGUUCCCACAAUGAAACGAAGGAAAUUGCAAAAGAGAAAACCAGAGCAAGAGGGUCUUUCAACCAGAGGUGUACUCUUUUCCCACUUCCCUUUUGCCAAGCGGUGGGAAAUUCAGAGAAGCUUGGCUCACAGUUGGAGGAGAGAGCACUGGGGACUUCAGGUGCCUUUGUAAUAAUCUGUUUCUUUUCAAAUGUGCAAGUUGGGCAAGCAUCACAAAAACACAGAAGCAUAGACUGACAAUUCCGGAUUCCCAACAGCAAACAGCACCCUUGAAAUACAAAAAAACAAAAAACAGCUCCCCUGCCAAACCUUUGUUCAGAACAUAAGAACUUAAGCAGAGCCUGCUGGAUAAGACCAAAAGCCCAGAGUGCUCAACCAAAUGCCUCUAGGAAGCCCACAGGAAGGAGUUAAGUACAGGAACCAUCUUCUGUUGGUGUUGCUGUUGUUGGCCAGAAAUUUGUAUUCAGAGACAUAUGGCCUCCAAUAGUGGAGGUAGUACACAUAGUCAGUUGGGCUAGCAGGCACGGAUAGUCUGUCUAAUCCUUUUUUAAAGCCAUCCAAAUUGGUGGCCAUCACUACAUCCUGUGGCAGCAAAGGCCAUUGUUGAACUAUGUGCUGUGUGAAAGAUUUCCUUUUGUCCGUCCUGAAUCACCCACCCUUCAACUUUAUUGGAUGACCCCAGGUUCUAGAAUCAUGAAAGUUGGACAGUGACCUGUCUUAUCCACUUGCAUAAUUUUAUUCACUUUUAUUGAGUCUCCCCCCCCUUGCCUUUUUUCUAAUCUAAAAAGUCCCAAAUAUUAUAACCCUUUUCCAUAAGGGAGAUACACCAGCCUUUUCCCACUAUACAGCGCCUACACAGCAGUUCAAGUGUGGUCUCACCAUACAUUUGUAUAAAGGCAUUAUGAUCUUGGCAGUUUUCUUUUUGAUCCUAAAUAUUGUUGUUUUGGAAUUCUUAGCCACUCUAUAUGCCAAAUGCAAACUUAUUUGCCAGGCCAGGUGCACUUGUUUCCCAGCUGCCUCUAACAUAGGUGAGAGUGACUAGCAUUCCAAUCUAUCUUUAGACAAAAGUAGCCAAAUGACAAUUAAACCUGCACCUUUAACUCUCAGGGUGCACAGCACCUCAACAGCCACCAUUUCUUCACAGUGCACAUCCAGUACCGCCUGGCUGUGCUAAUAUUUACACAAAAGCAUCGCUGCUGAGGAAGUGGAAAGUCAUCACAUGCAUUGCCCUGUGCAACUAUUGCUACUGUUGCCCUGCCCAGUGCAUAGAGGCAAGGGGUUGAAAAUCCACUCAUGCCAUUUGCUGGGAAAUUCCCCUACAAUCGAUAUCCUGUAAGCAAAGCAGCAUUUGGCUUAAAAAGCACCAGUUGUAUUAAAAGGUAGGUGGGCAUUUCUGCAUUCAGAUACAGAAGAAUGGCAUGGUGUGCAACUCAUUUGGCAACAACUCUCAUGAAUCAUCACUUAGAAUAGCCAAGUGAGCCUCCAAUAGCAGAAGUUUGAACCAUAGCAAAAUUCUACACACACGCGCGUGAGCACGCACGUGCGCGCGCACACACACACACACACACACACACAGAGAAGCUACUCCACCACCUCUACAUAUCUUUUUUCUUUUUAAAGCAUGGAUUGCUACAAAUAUGCUACAAGGGGGGUGGUUUGCAACAGGAGCUCCACGUUGUCAAAUUGGCAGUAGCAGGGGGUGCCAUGAAUAGUAUAGAACCGAGGAGUUAAACUGAAAAUCUGUUUUGAGCAAAUUUUCUCACUCCAUAAAUGAAGAAAAAAAGGUGGGUGUCCCCCCCCUCCCCCGGCAAGCCUUCAGAAGUGAAGCAAAUGGGCAUGGCAUCUCCAGUUCAUCAGAAAACUCACUUGCACCUUAUGGUCGCCAUCUGUGGUGUGGAACAUUUUCAACCUUGACAAAGCAGAUUUGUCCAAGGAUAUUUCCUCUCUUUGAGAUCAGAGAAGAAGCUGGGGCAAAACCGGAUUCUGUGUUGGCACAUCUACACUCAGGCACCCUCAGAGUAGCACAGCAGGAACCAGAAGGCCAACCUGUAAGUAAAGAAACAAACCACUGCAUAGCACUUGGUGCUAAGUAAUGCCAAAGGUCACAGUUUUCUUCCUCCAGUAAAUUUUUAGAAGUGUUUCAGGAUACAAUGGAAAGGAAGGCGCAUGCAACAGGUGGUAACAUCUGUGUCCAUUGCAUUCUAGCCAAAACAAUCUGCUCCCUUGUGUUCCCAGCAUGAAACAAAGAAGAUCUGAGAGGGCCAGAGUCAUGGGAGUGGGUGGAGUAAAGCAAGGAGAGAGAUUCCUACUCUCACAACUUGUGGAAGAUGAAAUCAGUACCAGUGAAUUAUUUUUCUUUCUCUCAGUGUGGGAGAAUGUCUACAAAGUCUAGCUGGCUGGCAAGCGCAAACUCAGUGCAUGUGUUAUGAUAGAUAGAUAGAUAGAUAGAUAGAUAGAUAGAUAGAUAGAUAGAUAGAUAGAUAGAUAGAUAGAUAGAUAGAUAGAUAGAUAGAUAGAUAGAUAGAUAGAUAGAUGUGUGCUACUACAGGGAUAGAAAAAGGUACGGAAAGACAUUCGAAGUGCUGUGAGGGUGGGUGGGUUCUGGUGUGUGCGCGCUGUCUUUAUGGAUAACCAAUUGUUUAACAGUUCCCUACUCAUUAUCAGCAAAGGUCCAAGUAUUCUUUUAAGCUAAAGAUAGAAAAAAAACAAACUUAGUUUUGAUGGCAUGUCUUACCAUGUGAUUAUUUUUAUGUACAUUUAAAAGCCAAGUUAGAUAGGACAGAGCAGCCACAUCUAUUUUAUUCACAAGUCUUUCCCAUUCACAUAAGGGAAGUUCACAGAAACUCAGCAUGUGUUGAAAGAAAAGGUGUCCAGGGUGGUAGGGUGGAGAUGGACUGUGCAGAUUAGCUCUGCCACUGCUGCUGAUGGACACCAUGCCACUGGCAUUCACGGAGGAAACCGUUCCCUGCCGUUCAUGCAUUUGGACAGCAUGCAAAAGUACAAAGGUAGAGCUCCUCCAUGUGGGGAAAGAUCCUGGUCAACUCAGGGUGCUUCAUCAUGUGUAGGAGCUCAGCCCGCAACAUCGAUGUGAGAGGAGGAGAGCCCUUUCCCACACCUGUCUGGAUGUACAGGUAGUGGAGAAGUGUUUCUGCUCUCUGUACUGGCAGCAGGAGCCAUGCCCAUGGGAGCAUGUCACUGGUAGAGGGUGGUUGGGACUAGCCCAUGUGGCCCACUCCCCUCAUUGUUUCAACACACUGGUGGCUCAUGUAGACCUCCUUAUAGUUAGAGGGUGAAUAUGUUUAUUUUGGAAUGGAGCAUACUGGCUAGGAGAAGGGCAGUAGCUCAGUGGUAGAGCAUAGUUUUUGCAUGCAAAAGGUUCCAAGUUCAACCACUGGCAUUUCCAUACCCUUCCAGGUGAGGUUGGGAAAGACCCCCACCUUAUUAGUAAUCCUGGAGAGGUACUGCUAGUCAGUGUAGGGCAGCGAUGGAGUCUGUGGGCCGAAUUUGCUCUGCAGGUCCCAGUGAGCCACGUCCACUUGCUUGUCAUCCCACAUCAUUUUGUGGAGAUCAGAGAUAAUCCUUUAAGAGCAGGCAGAUGGAUCCCUUAUCUCCAGUGUCAUCUAGUGGCAAAUUCAGAAGAGGAGUUGAGUUCUUUCAAGUUAGUCAUAGCCAAGCCCCCAAGCUCUUUUUUUUUUGCUUCUGGGUUAAGAAUAAGAUCCUUGUUAAUGCCUUCUCCCACAACAAUAGACACCCCUAGGAGCCAAUAAGCGUGAAAGGAGAGAGUGUUAGCUAUUGAGAAGUGUCUUCUUGGUGGCUGACUCACCUCCUUUCACUCUGAUUGGCUCCAAUCAGCAGGAAAGGACAAAGAAGCAUGUUAGAAAACUCUUCUCAGUGUCUAACACUCCUCUUUCAUGCUAAUUGGCUUGUAGAAUGCUAGAGACAUAGGGAACCUCUUGGGACCCUGCUUCCCAAAACAUAAGGGGUCUAAGACCCCCCCCCAAGCUCCUGGACAACUACACCCCUGCUUAUCUCUAAUCUUAGUGUUAAGCAGCGCAAUGCUCAGAUCAGAGAUAAACGUACUCUCUGCUUUUUAAGAGUAAAAGGCAGCAUUUCCACCCACCCCAGUGCUGGAGUGGGGUUGGGAAGGAAAGCUGCCUUUUAUCUCUGAUCUUAGCGCUGUGGGACUUAGCAGUAAGUUUAGGAGUGAAAAUCUCUGUGCCUGUUCCUCAGGGAUCCCCACUAAAGAGCAGGUAGGAAGAUCUUUCCAGCCACCCCAGCACCGGAAUGGAGUGAACUGGAAACGCGGAUGUGUGUGUAUCUGGUGUGUGAGUGUAUACAUGACUGUGUGUGAGACAGAGUGAGAAUGCUGUGUGCCUGCUUGUCUGCUGCAUGUAUGUUUGUGACAACAGUGCUGGUGGUAGAGACAUGUGCCUUUUCCUUUUUGAAUUUUCUACGAGGUUCUUUUUUUGCCCUGCCCACUAUUGGAACAUGUCGCCUGGGAGGCUGGCCAAGCGUGAAUCCAGGCCUCAUGCUGCCUUUGAGGCAGACAAUAAUUGGCAGGUGCCCAAAGGUGCCAUACGCUGAUGGAAGAAGCUAGGCUAUGGAAUGGAAUUUGCCAGCUCAGGGGCAAAGCCUGGGUAGAAUCUGAAGGGCCAUCAUGGGCUAAACCUGCUAGAUUCUGGUGGGUCAUCAUGGGCGAACCCAGUGGAUGAAGGAGUGGUGAAUCUUUCUGAAGGGCCAGAAAGAAGGAGGCCUUCAAGAGUGACUAGCAUAACAUGAUGUAAACAGUGGGACAGGGCGGUUGCAGAGGAGUGGGACUCUGAGAGUAACAUGAGAUAACACUUUUCCAUGCCCUAACGUAAUUGGCUGGUGAGACUCUAACCGGCUGGUGAAGUGACUAUAUAAGGGCAGAUCCACAGCAUACCUUUAAAGCACAAUGGAUGCAUCAUUUAAAUCACACAACGUCCCCCAAAGAAUCUUGGGCACUGUGGUAUCCCACACACAGAGCUAGAAAUUCCCAGCAACUUAAAUAUCAGCAGUGCAAGCUGAUAUGAGGGCUUUGGAGGAGUGGAAGGGUGUCGCCACGAAUCUACUAGCACUGCCUGCCUGCCUGCCUGCCAGCCUAUGUGUGUGCAUAUAUAUGCACGCAUGCUUAUUACUCUGCCUUAGUAAUGGCAGCAUUAUCUGUACUUUGCAAACAAAAAAGGCCCCACAGAGAACUGGUCAGAUUAGUUAUGUCAAGUCAAAUAUAGAUUUAUGGUAUUAAAAAAAAUCAGGUUCAUUGCCUUGGUGGAAAAAUUAACUCGUCAGUUAUGUUUAUUUAUUUUAUUAUUUACUGCAAUAUCUACAACCCACACUUUCAUAAAAUAUGUUAUGGUAGUAUACAACAUACAAAAUAUAAUAAAAUUAGUAAAAUAUCCAUAAUUAAAAACAUCACUAAAACAUCAGUAGAUACUGGUUGGUUAAAAAGAUAAAUUCAUAUUGUGAGGCCGGCCUAACAGUACAGUUUAGCAGAAGGUCAGUCAAUGCUCAACACAUUCAUUACUGUUUAGUACAGUAUUGUUUCAUUUCAUUUACAAAUAAAAGAGACUCUGGAAGACCACUGAUACCAUCCUAGGCUCCCAUCUGGAAUGAUGAUGAAUACAAACCUUGCAUAACCUGAGACCCCCUUAAACUUAGAACUCUUGCUUUAUGUCUCUUUAAGCUUCAUGUGCCAAACCUUUCUGUAAUACACUUUUCAUGCUGUAAAAGAAAUGAACAAAAGUUAUUAGUUUGUUAUGUUGCUAAAGUGAUCAAAUAUAUGUAUAAGGCAUCAUAAAAGAACCUGAGUGUAAAAAGUAUACCCAGAAGCUGAAAAUAACAAAACAUGGCAAUGCAUAAUCAGCUGUUGUGCUGAAACUAGGAAGAAGGGUGGGAUAUAAAUAAAUAAAUAAAUCCAGAAUAUAAAUUGUUUUAAAUUGUGUUUUAAAUUGUUUUUAAAAGAUGUGUUUUUAAAUUUGUAUAUUUGUUUUUAAUGUUUUUAGUUAUUGUA